CGUGGAUCGUGCUUUAGAAGACGGACGUAAUUGUGGCUUGUUAAUUUCGUUGAAAGAAUUUGUCUUUGUAUUGAUAUAGUUAUUAAUUUGGUGUGUGCACAGCCAACAUUCCAUUAUGAAUCAGGAGGAGAACAUCCCGGCAAGAGUCACCCGUGGUGCUCUUCGUCGGCGCUCGGUCGACCAGGAAGCCACCCCACAAAAAUCGAGCGCUACGGUGGCAAAUGGAACGCCGAAGAAAACGAACAGCACUACCAAGCGAGUUAAUGCGCUAAACCCGAUACAGGAGCGUGAAGGUCGUCCAUCCACUCCUAUCGCUGGCCGUAGUGGCCGACGCCGUAUGUCGGAAACCAUCGAUACUCCGGCAACGUUGCCUAACAAAUUGGUACAGAACCUCAAAGAAACGGAAGUGAGCUCCGAGUCCGGCAAGCGAUCUCGUAAUAUUUCUCUCACAGAGGAAAACUUGAACGAAUUGAAUGUGGGUUACGAAGGAAGCGGCACGAUGCUACUGACCCGCUCUCGUACUCCUGCUCGUGUUCGCGCGUCACAUGAAUCUCUGGUUACUAGCGGUUCUCCAUUAUCUGUAACACCAGGACUACGUCGCUCCACUCGGCGCAACAGCGUCACAUCCGACGACGGAAACAUUUCAGUUCAGUCGCUUCCUAUCACUACCCCGAAGACAAGUUCUGGCCUGCGUGCCCUGAAGGACGACACAAUUAUCGAGGAGGAUGCCAGUGAUGAUCGAGCUGAAUCAGUAUCAUCCGACAUACCUACACGUCACAUGCGAAGCCAAUCGGCAUUAUCGCAUGUGUCCGCCUCUGCUAGCCCACGCAGUGCUACUGCGAGCCCAGUGUUGGUUGUAAGAAAUGAAUCAACACCUCCGCGUGCCGUUGCAUCUCCUCUAUCGCUGUCCAAAAUGUCACCACGCUCCAAAAAUAUUUCCUUCAGUGAUGAUUCUAAACGAGACGACAAUCAGAGCUCGUUUCCCAAAACGCCAACUUCCGUGUCGAAGGAAGUUUUUAUUAUGGUCGCAGAUCUUCGCAACUCGGAGCUGAAGGGUGUUACACCGAAGGUGGAUGCUGUUAUUGAUAUGUCACCGAAAAAAAUAGAAACAGGGAAGGAUGUCGAAGCGGUCCAUUCAUCUCCUAAGUGCGAAAACAUUGAGAGAGGUAAUGAGACACUCAACGAGUCCAUCCUGGAUACCAUCAAGGAGAAUACGGAUGCUUCCCUAUCAGUACAGAACGAGCAAAGUAUCGCGGAAAAGUCUGACGAUAAAGAUGUCAGUGGAAUUGAUGUACUGGAGACUUCUGUAAAGGAGCCGGUUGACACAAAAGCAGAAGACAACCAGAAGGCAAAUGAUUCCCUUCGUGAAGAAAACAAAUUUCCAAAGUCUUGGGCACCACCAUUGCGACGUUCCGCCUCGCAAGCUAUAGAUCAAUACACCGUUCCCAAAACAGAAGAACAAGAAUGGCUCGAAGAGUCGAAAGAAUCCUUGCCGAAGGCUCAAAAGGAUUCAUCGUUAAAAGCAAGUUCGCCAGAAGCAGAAGAACAGUCAGCGGAGGAGAGCGAAGACAAAGAAGAGGAUAACACAGAACGCAAUGAAUUUAUUGACGAUGAAGCGCUCGAAGUGGAGGACUAUCAGUCGUGCGACUCGUUGGAUGAAGAAUUGAAAAGAGAAAUCGAAGAGAACCAAAUUCCUGAUCAAGGCGAAGAUCUGGGAAGUGAAGAUACGGAGGAGCACGACGAUGAUGAUGAGUAUACUAAUGAUUCGUGGCUUGUCGCUGAGGACAAUGAAAUGGAUGAAGAACGGUUAUUACGCAGUUCAAAUGAGGACCUGACGACGAGUGAUUCACCUAAGCAAACUACUCUUCGGAAAAGAAAAAUGUGCAUUCUCGACGACAGUGAAGAGAAUGAUGAAAAAGAAAUCAGCUUUGGGAAAAAAUCCUCGCCUCUAAAGUCUCCAAAACGUACCCCUAGCAUCAAACGUUCGGUAACUCCGGUUGCAGAGCUUCAAAAUAAUGACAACGAAACGGUUGAGACAAAUGUGGUGGUUGGUUUGGCAAAAUCUCCUACUCCCGCUACACCACCGAAGAAAGCUACAUCAAAUUCUCCAGUUAAAAUAUCUUCCAAUCAGAAACAACGUCACGAACUUGUCAAAGCAGCCGCCCCUGCAAAAGAAGACGAAACAAUAGACAGCAGCGUGGUUAUAUUUGAGGAUGCUAAUGAGACGAAGGAAGAUGGUCAGCAAAAGGCUAAGGAAACGGAAAAUAGUGCAUUGUUAUCGACAUCGCCCAAAAAAUCUAAUGUUACUCGUAAUAGCUUACCAGCUGGUGUUGUACAUCUUCCCGAAUCACGAGUUGUCGCUGAUGUUCGUAAAAGCCUUCCUGCGAGCGCAAAAAUUCAAAGCUAUGGAAAGACCGAUGACGACGAAGUGGAGAAGAUUCCCGAAAUCGAUAAGAAUGAAUUGAUGGAAGAAGUAAUUGAUUUGGAAGAAAAUACGGACGAUGAGACCUCAUUCCAGGGCAAUCAAGAACAAAAUGAGUUGCCAUCAAUGCAAUUCACACUAGAACAGCCUGUUAAGGAAGCGUCCAAUCCGGACCGGAAGUACAUGCCGCCCGUAUCGCUCAUUUCUGCUCAGUUUUACAUUGGUGGAACGAAAAAGCGAAACACUGUCGGUGGUGGAGAGAGUAACAUGCUAACAUCUACACCAAAACCAAACGAGUCUUCGGCGGUAACAAAGCAGAAAAGUAAGCCGAAAGCGGAGAAGAAGAAUUCGAACGGCAGCAACUCGAUCGUUCCAAAUCCGUUUGCUCUCGCCAACGGGGCGAAAUUGAAGUCACGCGUAUCACUAGAAACGGGUGCAUCGAUUAAACAGGAUGCCAAAAUACCGCGUUUGUCUCUACCGGCAAAAUUAAUCCAAGAAGAUUUGCCUUCGCGAACGGAAACUGCUAAGAACGGCUCGCAGGAACCGGAGCCGGAACCAAUGGAAGUGGACGAAGAGAUCGAGGAGGACGUUGUGAAUGGGGAAGUAACCAAACAAAAUGAUGAUGAAGAUAAGGAUGAUGAUGAUGUUUCGGUCGAGGAAGUACAGCCGGAAGAAGGACAGCGCCCUAAAAUGGUUAAACCGAAACCUAAAGCCCUGGAGGAUUAUUAUCUAACUAUCAUACUGGUGCGCUGCAAUGAGGUCAUGCGGGAGGACAAGGAGCGUAAAAAGCAGCUAGCAUCUGUUUUGCGCAAGAAAAAGGAAGAGAAAAAGCGAUUGCGAGAAUUGGAGAAACAGGAAGAGCUGGAAACGGCCAAAAACGCUGCGAACACUACGACAGAUAAUGAUGGUGAUCCAAACAACGUUAAUGCCUCGACCGGUAAUGAAUCCGCCGGCUUGGGUGAGGAACCAACGAAGAAAAAGAAGAAGAGAAAGCCUAAGGUGAAGAAUUACUUACUGGACGAGCUAGCUGAAACGAGGAAGGAACGUUUGGAGCAGGCUUUACGGCACAAAUUGGAAGUGAUCGAACGUCGAAAGCAGCGCAAAAAGUAUCGUCAGCAUGAGAAAAGGAAACUGCUGGACAAGGAAAAUGAAGACGGCGCGAGCGCCACGGGAGGUAUUGGAGCCAAAUUGGCGAAAAUGAAGAAAAAACAAAAGGCUAAAACAAGUAAUGAAGCCAAGGCUGUUACAGAAAACACAUCAAAGGAUCCUCCAGUUCGAGUAAAUCUUUCCGCAUAUGCCGUUUUUAAUGAACUGCAGACCAAUCAAACUCCAUCGUCAGCUUCGAUUGCCUCGGUGGAUGGAAAGCAAAAGGAGUCGGCAGACAAAGGGCAACUGGUGUUCUCCCCUGUAGAAAAGAAGCAAUUGCUGAAAAAAUCAAACAGAAAGGAAAAACAUGCAACGGCAGAACACGAUGGAAAAGCUGAUAAAAAUCCAUCGGAUAAACAACUGGCGUCUUCUACCGUGCCUAAAACUUUGAGCGCGGAUGAUGCUGCUGGUUGCAUGAAACAACAUACACUGGACGUAAACGACAAAAAGAAUGCUCCGUUGCUACAAUCUGCAAGUGAUGGUUUGAAGGAGGACCCGGACAAGAUGUCCAAAAAACAAAAAAAGAAGCAAACAAUUUCAUCGGCUUCGGAAGGUAUGGAAAACGUUCAGCCCAAUGCACUUUCAGGUGCGCAUAAAAUAUCUGCCGAUCGUGUCGUAAAACAGGUAGAAAGUAAAGUAACUGCUAAAACCGAGCAAUAUUCAAAUGAUGAAAAGCCGAAGGAAAAGAAAACAAAGAAGGAGCUGGUCAUAGAACUGAUUUUGAAUGAAACUGAUUCGGAUGUUAAAAAACAAAAGAGAGACAAAAAGAUCAAACUGAAUGGCGUUUCCGAAGAUCAUGACAAAAUCGCUCACACAAAACCUUCAAGUGCCAUAGCUGCGCUCAAUCGAGACGACGAACAACUUCGAAAAAUAAAGAAACAGAAAAAGAAGCUUGCUCCCCAAACGGAAAACAAUGCGAUGGAGGAAGGCUAUAUGACUGAACUGUCCGGCAAAAAGUCAACAUCCGUCGAGAUGGAACCUACAACACCAGUCCCGUCGAUCGCUCCCGCAAAGAAGCGUAAACGUGAGCAGCAGGGUGACAGCUCGGCCGCGACUACGCCCCGGCCAGCGAAACACACGAAGCUGCGCGUGCUGCAACGCAUUGAGAGUGGAGGCUUCUUCGUUGAAAAUGUGACGCCGGAUAAAGUGCGCCUGAAGCGCAACUUUGGUUUCCAAGAGCGACCGGCAACACCGGCAAAGCAACUUGGUUUUAAGGUUUCUUCACUUUUACCCACUGGACAGGAAGAGCUUCGGGGCAUAGCAUCGUCCUCUAAAAUGUAUUCCAAGGAUGGGCGAAAGAAAUCCAAGUUCGGCGAUGUAGUCGGACCGGAACGGAACAUGAGCCUACCGCUUCCGGUGUGGACCAGCUCGGGGGUAUUUUUCGAAUCUACUGCCGAUGGGAAUGGGGUUGACAGCAAUAAGAAAACUCAAAGCGAUAAAUCCGGUAACGUUCAGCUUAAAAGUCAGGGUAAAGGUGAAUUCAAUAUCAAAGCGCUCCGCCCUGGACCCAUUGCAGAAAAACCACAUCGUGUAGACCCGGCCAUUACUAACAAGUCUGUGUUGAACUUCAAGCGACAACAACUUCUCGAAAAGACAGCUCAUUUGCGCGAUAAGAAGAAGAGUCAGCGGAUGUAAGAGGAAGGUAUCGGUAUUCGCUUGCCAGCCUUUACAUUUUAUACUGUACAUAAUUGAUUUCGUUUUUGUUCACUAUUUCCACAAGCAUACACUUUAUUAUUACAUUGUCUUGUGUUUGAUCCCUUCUUUAUACACCUUUAAAUGGUCUUAUUGGGAUAUUGUGCGGAAUUAUUAAGAAUAAUAUUCAAUAAAAACCUACCGCGUAACGAGAA